AUGCCUGCCACAGAACCUCCACUAUACUUAGACAUUUACUCUACAAUGGGUAAGAGUCAUUUGACGGAACCACAUGUUUCAAAUUCAGAGAUGCAGCAAAUUAGUCCUGGACAAUCAUCCUCUCCCUCAAGCUCUUUACCACCACCUUAUUCACCAUCAGUCAGGCACAUUUCAAUAGGAUAUUGUCUUGAUGAGGGUGCUGAGAUCAAAACCGGCCAACCCGGAAGCUUCUUCCCUGUCAUAGUGUCAAUAGAGUCUACAAAACUUAUCAUCAGGAGAUUGCACGGAAAGAUUGCAAAAUGUGUUUCAAAGCUUUUUGAUGAUCUCGAUCCAAGCAGUAUAGAUCCAGAUUUGAAUAUAAAGUCUAACAGGGUACGUAAUAUUAUGAGAAUAAGGAGUUAUAGCAUGUCACCACCACCGAGGCGCAAUAGUUUUUCCCAAGUACUACAUUUAUUACCCUUUAGAAAAAGAAGCAGGUCUACUUCAUGCGUGACUCCAGUGAAUAAGGUCUCUAGUAAGAUGGUGCUGACAACGCAACUAUUAACUUACAAACCCCUACUCACUGAAAGCAGAAUUGUUGCUUUCUCUCCCAUUGAACACGCUAUGGAAUCAUUACAAAAAGACUCGACUCUUUUUGGCAGCUGGUCGCUUCAAGAGCUCGUGAAGUAUGGAAAUGCGUGCGAUUAUUCCUCAAAGGCAUUUGCUCUGCGUCUCAUAUUUCCAUCUGAUCAGUUAUUAAUUGCAAGCUAUAAUCCCUUCACAUUCAUUCAAUUAUUUUACAAGCUUAAUAUUGCACAUGAGCUUUCGCUCGAUUUAGAUCUUCGUGUGGUUCUUCCAACAGAUUAUUGCACGCCGAGACGCCGCAGACAAAGUAAUACAAUCCGUUCCCAAGCACUCAGUUCUGGAACAAGGCUUUCUUCAACUUCAAUGGAUUACUCCCAUUCUGACUCGGUGUCAUCUAUUGUUUCAUCCGAGGAUGAUUUUGUUGAUCAUAGUCGCCCACAUAGUAAUUCGAUUGAAUCUUAUCUUAGCUUGUCGACUCACUCGACGAAUUUACCCACACCAGAUUCUUGUUCGUUAUUUUCCCAGGUUAAUAGAGAGAAUUCUGACGUGACGGAGCAGCAUGAAGGUACAGAAGCUACGGAUAUACCCAAUAUAAAGAUUUCCUCCGAUUUUGAUGAUCAGCCAAAUGAUUUGCAUGAAGAAUUAAUUUUUGCACUGAGAUGUAUGAAAAACUGCCGAAAUCAUACAACAAUAUUUUAG